UCACAUAUGCACACAACACACAAAAAUGAUUAGUGACUUUACCAAAGGAGCAGGCAGGCACGAGUAAUAGCUCUCAACAACACUCUCCUCGCAUGUAAAAAACAUGACCAUGUCAAGAGCAAUUGUUUCCUCCUAUCAAGAACAUGAAUUUCACCACCCACAUCUUCUCUACAUACAUACAUAUAUAUAUAUAUAUAUAUAUAUUUCCCAUUCUUAGCCAAAUUAACCUGCAUAAUGAAACAAACAAAGAGAUUGAAACAAAUUGCAUUACCCUCACUUACCUUUUCUCUCAUUUUCUUUAUCUACAUAUUGUUUGCUCUUGGAAUAAAAUCUUUUACUUCAUCUAACAACUCCAUUGAGGCAUUAAAUCAAACACCUGACGAUCAAACCAAAUUUAGCAUACUACUCGGAGUCUUAACCCACCCAGACAAACAUGAUCGCCGUCACUUCCUCCGCCUUAUUUAUGGAAUCCAAGAAUCUCCUAUUGCAGACAUAGAUAUAAAAUUCGUAUUUUGCAGUCUCACAAAAUAUGAUCAAAAGGUACUCAUCUCUUUAGAAAUUCUUCGUUUCAACGAUAUUAUAAUUCUCAAUUGCAUAGAAAACAUGAACAAUGGAAAAACCUACACUUACUUUUCUUCACUUCCACGUAUUCUUCCAAAGCAUUAUGACUAUAUAAUGAAGGCCGACGAUGAUGUGUUCAUUAGGCUAAAGCCAUUGUCUUUGUCACUUAAGCCGCUUCCAAGGCAGGAUUUGUACUAUGGCUAUGUUAUUCCUUGCGAGAGCAAAAACCCAUAUGAGGGUUACAUGUCAGGAAUGGGGUUUUUGCUGUCUUGGGAUAUUGUUGAAUGGAUUGGGAAUUCUGAUAUUGCUGCAAAUGAAAUUGAAGGGCCAGAGGAUAAGGUGGUUGGGAAAUGGUUGAAAAUGGGAAAUAAGGGUAAGAAUAGAGUUUCUAAUAAGCCUUCAAUGUAUGAUUAUCCAGGGAGUAAUGGAAAGUGCUCGCAUGAACUUGUACCAGAAACUAUUGCUGUUCAUAAGCUUAAGAGAUGGGAUCAAUGGUUUCAUGUUCUUGAAUUUUUCAAUGUAACUAAACAACUGAAGAACUCCAAUUUAUAUAAUUUAUGAUCCGACUAAAAAUGUAUUAAUACA